AUGUCCAAAGGGCAAGGACGUUGCUCCCCUCUCGGGAAGGAGCGGGAGGCGCAGGGCCCCCCGCCGCCCGGCAGCGUGGGCUCUGGCCGGCGCCCGGCUCCGCCUGGAGGUGUCAAGCCCCCAGCGCGUCGGGGCGCGGGCGUCUCCUUUGUGCCAUGCCGCGUGACCAAGGGGCUGCGAGGUGCCCACCGCAUACAUGGAGAGCUGCGGGUGGCCCCUCCUAGGGUGCCCGGGAGCACCCACAGACAGACGCGGACGGAGCCAUCGCUGACUUCCAGCCCCCCAACCGCCCUGUCCCGGGGUCAGCUCCGCAUCCUGGUGCGGCUGUGUCCCCGGGGUCAGCUCCGCGUCCUGGUGACGCCCUGUCCCCGGGGUCAGCUCCGCGUCCUGCUCCGCGUCCUGGUGCAGCCCUGUCCCCGGGGUCAGCUCCGCGUCCUGGGGCGGCUGUGUCCCCGGGGUCAGCUCCGCGUCCUGGUGCCGCCCUGUCCCCGGGGUCAGCUCUGGUGUCCUGGUGACGCCCUGUCCCCGGGGUCAGCUCCGCGUCCUGGUGUGGCCCUGUCCCCGGGGUCAGCUCCGCGUCCUGGUGUGGCCCUGUCCCGGGGUCAGCUCCGCGUCCUGGUGAUGCCCUGUCCCGGGGGUCAGCUCCGCGUCCUGGUGUGGCUGUGUCCCCGGGGUCAGCUCCACGUCCUGGUGCGGCCCUGUCCCCGGGGUCAGCUCCGCGUCCUGGUGACGCCCUGUCCCCGGGGUCAGCUCUGCGUCCUGGUGUGGCCCUGUCCCGGGGUCAGCUCCGCGUCCUGGUGUGGCCCUGUCCCCGGGGUCAGCUCCGCGUCCUGGGCGCUCAUCGACAGAGGCCGGAGCCCGGAGCCCCUCCGAGAGCCGGCCCCGCGGGCCACGGGGACAGCCCGGAGCCCAGAGCCCCUCCGAGAGCCGGCCCCGCGGGCCACGGGGACAGCCCGGAGCCCGGAGCCCCUCCGAGAGCCGGCCCCGCGGGCCACGGGGACAGCCCGGAGCCCGGAGCCCCUCCGAGAGCCGGCCCCGCGGGCCACGGGGACAGCCCGGAGCCCGGAGCCCCUCCGAGAGCCGGCCCCGCGGGCCACAGGGACAGCCCGGAGCACGGAGCCCCUCCGAGAGCCGGCCCCGCGGGCCACGGGGACAGCCCGGGGCACGGAGCCCCUCCGACAGCCGGCCGUGCCCAGGGGUGCACGGCUGUCCUGUCUGCCAGCUUGGAGGGCCGAGGAGGACGCGGCUCCUCCCCAGGACCCGCGGGAGGGCGCAACGGGCCGCCUCUGCUUCCACGGAGGUGGCCCAGCCCCCGGGCAGCCGAGCGCCCUCCUCCAGGCCCAGGGUCUCAGCUCGUCCUCCCUGCCAGCGGUUGUGGGCCCGGGACUGCUGGAACAGCUGGACUCUGCUCGGGAGAGCCCACAGCUCCGAGCUCGGCCUUCGCCCGUCAGGUCAGCCUACCGUGGAGGGGGCCACCGAGGGACCCUGGUCCCGUCCCAGCAGCCCAGCCCAAGGCUAGGUCCCCGCCGGAUCACCGGGGCCUGGGAAUCCCAGCCACGAGGAGAAACCACCCGAGAAGGCCGCGAGGCCCGGAAGCGGUGGCGGGGUCGCGUCCCUCUGCCGGCCGCGGGCGGGGCUGAGCUCGCGCAGGUCGCGCAGGAGUCUCCUCCACGUUGCUCCCCCGAGGCCCACUCUCGUGACAGGAUGGCCAUGUACAGCCAGUCCCCAGCCUCUGCCCUGGGACGAAUGGGGGAGAUGUCAGCCGUGGUGGUUUAUGGGCGAAAUGCUGCUGGUGAAUGUGACGUGCCCCCCAAGUGCCCCGCUGCCAGUGCCCCCAACCAGUGCCCCCCACCAGUGCCCCCCAGUGCCUCCCACCAGUGCCCCCCAGUGCCUCCCAUCAGUGCCCCCAGUGCCCCCCCAGUGCCCCCUGCCAGUGCCCCACCAGUGCUUCCCGCCAGUGCCCCCACCAUGCCCCCCAGUGUCUCCCCAGUGCCCCCCAGUGCCCACCCACCAGUGCCCCCCCAGUGCCCCCCACCAGUGCCCCCCAGUGCCCCCCAGUGCCCACCCACCAGUGCCCCCCAGUGCCCCCAGCACCCCCCAGUGCCCCCCACCAGUGCCCCCCAGCACCCCCCAGUGCCCCCCGCCAGUGCCCUCCCCAGUGCCCCCCCCGUGCGCCCCCUCUCACCAGGCGUCCGUCACCCCAGCCGCGGCUGCUGGGCUUCCAGGGCUGUUUGCUGGCUGUGA